UGUUAAUGAACUAGACAGUUGCCCAUAAUAUAUCUGUUGCGUACACCAUCUACAAAAUAACGCCUCUUUGGAUAUACUGAAGCACUAAACAUACCUAUAACUAGUAGGCGAUGAUUCUUCCUACAUUAUAAUCUGAUGAAAUAUUGGGUGCUGAAAAUCAAUAUGCAUAUUGAUACAAGUGGCAAAGUCAUUGGACAUAUGAGAUAUAUAAUGGAAAUGAAAAUGAGGUCAAUUUGACUAAUGAUUCUGUAACUGCGCGUUUUGCAAUGGAUGCAGGAAAUGAAAAAAAAGCAUACCUCUGUCAUUAUUUAAUCAGUGAUGAAACAAGAAAACGUUUCACAACAAAAAAGAAUGAUAAGAGUAAUUUAGUCAAAUUUGACACCAAAUAUGAAAAUUACUACUUUCCACCAUUUUAUGAUUUAAAUGAGAAUUCUGGUACAAAAGGGAAUAUUGUUAUAGAUGCAUGGCCAGCGCAUGCAAGUAGUAGGGAAAGAUCAACUAAUCAAAUCCAUAUUGCAUCAGAUGGACAUAUACAACGACAAACACCAGAACAAUCAAGAUUACCGCCAGUCAAGAAACCAAGAUUCUUGGAGAUGUUAGAAGCGCGUAUCAAUAGAGAGAAAGCAAAAUUUCAUGUUACAGACGGUGAACCAAAUCCUUUAAGAUUACAGAUAUAUCGUGAAAUAUUUACAAUAUUUAUACAAACAUGCGCUUAUUACGGUCCAUUAUUGGCAAGAAUUAAAGAUGAAUACGAAUCGUAUCUAGUUCAUAUGCAGAAUGAAUUGAAAAAGCUGUUACCCGUUAGAGAGUUAAUAUGGACAGUUUCACAAGAAUGUGAAGAUCGUGUUAGUGCAAUGAGAAGACGGGAAAAUAAGAAUAUAAAAGCAUUGAAAAUGGAGAAAAAAGAACUUCGGGCACAAAUUACACAUUUACAAGAAAAUGCAACUUCUUUAACAUGUGAAGUUGAUCAUUUAACAAGUGAAUUAGAGAAGAAAGAAGAUGAAUGGAGAACAGAAUUUGAUGGAAGAAAACUGUUGAUUACUGAAGUGAAUGAACUAACUUCAAGAUUAAAAGAAAUGGAAAUGUUAGCCAGAGCUGAAGUAUCUGAUGACAAAGAAGAUCCAAUUAAAUUGAGAAUAGCACUUGAUCAAGCAUAUAAAAUAAUAAAUAACUUGCAAGUACGUGUUACAGAAUAUGAAAGUGAAUAUGAAUCACAAGUACCAAGAACAAAAUAUGAUGAUGUAAAAAAUAAUUUAUUAAAUAAAAUUGAAGAAACAGCAAAAUUGAAAGAAGAACUUGAGAGUAUCCAAAUUCGUUAUGAUUUAUUACAAGAACAUUGUGUUACACUGAACACAUAUCGUGAUCUUUAUUACAUACAAGUUACACAUGCUACACGUGUUCUAGGCUCAAAAAGUGAUGCAAGUCAAAAGAUUGACUAUCUUAAUUCACUAUUUAAUAAAUGGCGUCGAUUAUUAAAUGACAAAACAUGGAGUGAUUUUCAACGUCUAGUUAAUGAUGAAAUGGUACGUAUUGAAACUGGUCAAACACCAGUUGUUGUACGCUCAAGAAUGCCAAGAACACGAGCAACAGGUGGUACUAGUAGUGCUGGCGGUACUGGUGCUUCUGGUUCUGGCUCUGUACCUGCAAGUGGAACUGCUCCAGGUACAACUCUAAACACUGAUGGAUCAGGUUCACCUCAACUACGUGAUUCACUUCAUAAAAAUGAGACAAGUUGAAAUGAUAUUGAGAUAAAUAAAAGGCGAAUUAAUUAAGUUUGAUAUCGGUUUAUGAUCAAACAGUACACUGAUAAACUUGUAUCCUUGAGCAUGAUACAUACAAUGCACCUCUGAACCAAUUUUUUCUUCUUUUGAGUGCAAAAAUCUAGUGAAGCAUAAAAGGAACAGAAAAAUUUCAGUUUAUAGAUGAAAGAAAGAAAAAAAUAGAAUAGAAUUUCAACCUAAUGAAGUAACUGUUUUCUCUUAUUCUCAUCUGUUUACUUUGCGUUUAGUUUAUAUGUUUCUCUGCUGUGAACUUUCUGCAGAAAUGACGGCAUAUUUCUACGGGGUCGCUAGUCCCAUGUAAACCCUCUCUGUAUGCUUCUUCGACACUUAAGACUGGUUAGCGAACUAUGGGUGGAGGAUAUCUUCAAUCAACGUGACAC